CUAUUACUUCUCUCCCUACUACUUGCUUAUUCUUUUAUCUUCUUCAUUAAUUAAUUUAAACCCCAAAUCGACUUCUUCUUCCUUCCUCAUCAUCUCUUGGAUUUCUGAGCCUUCCUCCGACUUUGAGCCAGACCCAGAUCAGUUCUGCAUCCAAAAAAAGCACUCCCAAUAAAUUGAGGGGGUGGAAGAAGGAGAAGGAGAAAUCUUUGAAGCGUUUGAAGAAGAUGGCUGGAGUGCAGGAUCAAUUGGAGAUCAAGUUUCGGUUGAGUGAUGGAUCAGAUAUUGGCCCCAAAAGCUUUCCUGCUGCUACAAGUGUGUCAACCUUGAAAGAAAGUAUUCUUGCGCAAUGGCCUAAAGAAAAGGAAAAUGGUCCCAGGACUGUUAAAGAUCUCAAGCUGAUAAGUGCAGGAAAGAUAUUGGAGAACAACAGAACAGUUGGGGAAUGCCGAAGCCCAAUAAUCGAUGUACCUACAACCAUGCAUGUUGUUGUUCAACCACCUACUGUGGAGAAAGAAAAGAAAAUGACAAGCGAACCGAAGCAGAACAAAUGUGUUUGUGUUAUAUUAUAGUUUGCAGUUCAAAUAGUGGGGAUAACAUCAUUUUUAGGUAGAGAGUUGGAGCUAGUGAAGAAACUGGAUUUGAUGAAAUUGAUUCAACAACAUUGGAAAUAUGCAGGCUUCAUAGAAUCACAUGUCAUUGUUUGGUUCAGGUCGAUCAUACCCUGUUUGUUUUCAAUACAUUAGACUACGCAAAUCAAACAAUUUUAUAUAAGAUUUUUAUGUAAAAAGUUCACGGGUGUACCUACUGCGUUUCUUUUCAUAUAUUACAUUUCACGUUUCAUUCACCAUGUAUAAAUAUUGAUGGAUGGUCUUGGAAAUCAUACUUUGUGAUAGAGGAAUUGCCGGUGUUCUUUGA